UUGGACGACGGGGUGGACAAUGGGUUGAGCGACGGGGUGGAUGACGGGUUGGGUGACUGGGUGCGACAGGAGGACGAGAGGUACGCGAGCGAUGACUGGGACUGAGACUCGUCCUAAAUUACGUCGACAACGACUGUGACAAAAACGAUAACUGACUUUUUUAUAAAUAAUUAACUUGUGACCAGCGGGUGGGUGACCGGUGGGCGUACCAUCUACCAGCUACCCCCAAAUCUUGUACAGGCGGAGUAAGGGAGAAUGUGUUGCACUCUGGGGGCGCACCAGGGCGUCCCGGCGACGUAGUGUGAGGCCCCCCCGGCAACUAGAUAAUUUUGCUGAUAUCUGCGAAAUAGCGGAACGGCGUCGACGGCUGACCGACCAUCGCAAUCCAGUCAGUAUUCCUGAGUCUGAUCACACGCAACCAUGGCGUCAGGAAGAUCCGGAUUGUCGCGAGAGGGGUGCAGCAAGUUGUUCCGAACCUUCGAAAUAGCUUUGAAAAAGUCGGACCGUCAUCUUCUCCUGUCGUCGAAGUAUGGGUUGAACGCUUCGUGGUCGAAGAAACUCACCGUGGGACUUCGCCUUCGCAUGAACGGCACUUUCGAACCCGUCGUGCGAUUGAUUAACAAUUACUCUAGCGGUGUGUCGCUAGGAUUGGAAGGUUGGGCCAGCCUGAUUGCGAAUUUGCCGAAGCUGGAGGAAUACUUCGUGAAGAAAGAUGCUCCCGGUGACAACCUGUUCGCGCUGGUGAACAAUACGAUCGCGCUAGAUGGUGGGUGUUCUUUGCGUUUUACAACGGCUCACGGUGCGAAGGUGAUCGCAUUUUACUCGACCGAAACAUCGGGCAACGGUGACGACGCUACCAUCGAAAACUCAACUCAGGAGGAUGAUGAAGAGGAUACCACGACGCAGGGGGCCAAAAGGCGUAAAGUUUACACCCCAGUAAUCGUGAUGCAAAAAGUAACCUUCGACGGCCUGAAACACAUAGCGUGCUGCGCAAACGAGCGGCUGCUUCAGCUGGACGCGCUGCUGGGAGACGUCAACAGGUCCAAGGAAUCGGUCGUUCGCUACUUCGCUUCGAUAAUCACGGCUAGGAAAAUAAAAGCGCCAACUCUGCAGCAGAUUCACGGGGCCGUGUGCGACGACAUAGAGACUGCGCGAGAAGUGGUAUGUUUGCAGUUUGAUAUAGGAUUCCGAGACUACUUCUUCGAUAUUGUUUACUGCGAAAUGAUGCGCUUAUUUCUGUCGUAUAUCGUUGCCGAUAUUAGGCAAAGUGUUUUGAUCCAGGGGUAGUUGAAGUUGAUGUAUAAAUCGGUACAAUGAUAAGAAACACAUAAUUUGUAUUAAUUAGGUUUAAGAUUCCAACACCGCUAUAUUUUCGCACAGAAGGAAUUGUCUAUUUUGUAUUAUCUACAGUUAAAAACGCUUUGUAUUACCUUAGUUCUAAGAAUA